ACCCAAGAAAUUCCUCUUGACGACUGUAAACAAUUGAAAUCUCGGUUCGGAAAAGUGAUGUUGACCCUCGACUUCUUUAUUUCUUAUAUCUUGUUUAUUCCAGAAUUCACUUGAGACAAACAAUCAGAGAUGCCUAAAUCUGUGGAGAAAUCGAUUUGGGACAUUGCCGUUCUUGAAGCUGAAAAGAAGAAUGCUUCUGAAUCCAAAGAUGAGGGUGGUGAAACAAAGGGCUCGGAGAAUCACAUUUUGUUUAUUGGCAGUAAAAAUGCAGGAAAGACUUCAAUAAUUCUCCGGUUUUUGGAGAAGGAGGAGGCACCAAAACCCACAAUCGCACUGGAAUACACAUUUGGUAGAAGAGCUAAAGGUCACAAUAUGUCCAUACAAAACAGGGUGAAAGAUAUUUGUCAUAUCUGGGAGUUAGGUGGAGGUACAUUCCUGUCACAAUUAACAGAGAUUCCAUUGACAGAGGAUACAAUCAUGUCAUCAUCAGUGAUGGUAGUAAUGGACCUUUCACAGCCUUAUGAACUAUGGCACACCAUGGAAACACUGAUUAAGAGUGCAUUAGAUCGGGUGGAGCAGGUCAUCUCAAAAGCAGCCAGGAACGAUCCCAGUAUACAGGAUAGGAUCAAAGAGAGGGCAUGGAAGAGGAUAGGAGUUGAUCACCCUGACAGAGAUAUGUUGGAUCCAUUCCCAUUACCUCUGGUCAUUAUUGGUACAAAGUAUGAUGUCUAUCAGGACUUUGAUCCGGAGAAGAGGAAAGUAAUCUCCAAGACAUUACGUUUCAUUGCACACAACUAUGGAGCAGCUCUUCAGUUUUCAAGUAACAAGACGGAUGGUCUGAUGUCUAGAACCAAAAACCUUGUCAGUCAUCUAGCCUUCUCAACAACUCUCAGCUUGAAGACUAUAUCUGUAGAUCCUAACAAGCCAAUUUCAGUUCCAUUUGGACUUGAUUCAUUAGAACAAAUAGGUUUACCACCGGUAGGUGAUGAUGAUCUUGGUAGAUCUAAUGCAAGGACACCAUUAGACUUAUGGAAACAGGCAUUCACAUCAUACUUCCCACAGAAGAGUACAAUCAAAGCUAUUGUUGAAGACCCAUCCAAAGACCCACAGUACGCAGAGGCUGCAGUAGAUAAUAUGAGAGAACAGAAAAAUAAGGAGCUUGAGAGAUACAGAAAACAGGCCGAGAGAAGAGCAAAGGAAAACAAGACUGGUGGAUCAGGGGAUGGGAUACUCAGAUUAUGAUCAUUCACAGAGGAUAUUACUUCUGAUAAUUAUUGGGAGUGUAAAGGGAGCAUCUUGUUAAAGAAGUACACCAGAAAUUUGUAUAAACUAAUACAAUCCUAGCAUCCGAAUUGCUGAGGCAGGUACAUCAUCCUUAAAGGGCCCAGCCACUGACAAAUCAUGGGGAAAUUGAAUCAAUACGAAAUUUGCAAAAGGCCAAUUAACUUGCAUUAUAUAAUCUGUCCGUCAUGAGCGCCUGUCGGACUAAUGCAAUAAAAGUUUGGACAGCAAAAAUUUAACCAAACUCAUGAUGGUUAUUUACUUUGGAUCAUCGUAGUUCCAGUUUCCAACAACCCCAAUUCCUAGACUCAUAGCAAGUCUCUUGAUUGCUAAACCAAAAUAAAUAAAUAACCUCUGUGAAGGUACAUGUUUCAAAGUGAAAACAUGCAGUUUACUUCUGGUUGGUUAGUCUGCUAACUGUUGCUCUCCUAUAGACCUCCCAGACAUGUCGGCGUCUAUUACAUAACACCCUUAGGCAUGCAGCUGAGUGAAAGACUUGAAUCCCUUCUCUUUUCUGAGAUAAGCUUUGAUUUCCCCAUGAUUUGUCAAUGAAAGGUCGCUUGAAGAUCACUCUCAGUAGAUAAACACAUAUGUAUUGGACUCUUCUGAUAAUUAUUAGAAGUGUAUAUGUUCGGUCUUAUCAUUUAGCUAAUGCAUCUAAUUGGCUGAGAGCAGAUUUGUAAUGAAAUACAUUGACAAGAAACAUACCCAAUAUGGAAAUUUUAUGAUGGUAAAACAGUUAAUUUUACAUCAAUAUUACAGGCUAAUCCUGUUCCACAGAACAUGACCUUGAAAUUUGAAUGUAUAAGCAGUAGAUAUUAGACAUUGAAAUUUGAAUGUAUAAGCAGUAGCUAUUAGACAUUGAAAUUUGAAUGUAUAAGCAGUAGAUAUUAGACAUUGAAAUUUGAAUGUAUAAGCAGUAACUAUUAGAUAUCAAGUAAUCUGGGUGUGUAGUCACAGUGGAAUGUGCAAUACACUUUUUUGCAAAGGAUGUCAGUCUGCAAGGGUGUAUAGAAGAAAUCAUGAGGGUGUAAAAACAUGUGGCUGAUUUCUUUUAACUUUCUUACAAGACCCCCCCCCCCAAAAAAAAGAUGGGGUUCCAUUCUCAAAUAGGAAGCAAACACUUAUUUUAAAAUAUGACAAGCAAAGGGAGACAUUUUCAAAAAUGGGGUGCAUAAAGCACAAUUGUAGCAAGGGGGGGGGGGGGAUUUAUGCAUUUCUGCAAUGACCUCAUAUAAUCUCUAUCUCGUAGGUAGGUGUUACUGAACUAGACUAGUUGGUCUGUUUGUUUUGAUAGUAUAUGUGCACUUGGUUAGGAAAUUGAUCUAUAUGAAGAUGGCAUUGCUUAAAUAUAGCCCUGAUGAAAACUUUAUGAUGAAUGUAAUUUUUCGGACAAAAUGAUACUGUACUCUUCCUAGUAUAAUCAAUAAUGCUUGGAACACAAGUUUCAUGGCCAAAAUGGAAGCCAUUAACUUUCUGAAAGAAUGGAAAAUAAUUGAGACGCGUCAUACAUCAAGCCUGAGAGCAUGCAGCAGGCAGACUGCUUGAGCGGCCCAGCAAAGGGGUACGUGAAAGACAGUGAACAUGCCUGCAGAAAUAAUUUUUAAUGGUAUGGUGGUAUCCAUAUUGUGAUAUAUAUCUUGAUGAAUAGAGACUGCUUGGCAUAUGAAACUGGAAAUUCCUAUCUGACCUCAACAAUUGCAAUUAGAUCUACAAUAAUAGCUGAAUUAUUAAUUUUGAAUUAUGGACAAGAUUACUUAAUGCCAAUGGCUUUGAAGGAAACCUUAGAUUUUUUUGUUCAUGUACCAAAAAACUUCUCUGUACUAACUCGGUUUGAACAGGACCAAGCUAGCAUUCAAGUCAUUGAAAAAUAUUGGUAUUAAUUUCAUACAUGUACAUUUUAAACAUAUUUUGUUAGUCUAAACUGUAUAAUUUGCUUCAAGUUUAAUGUGCAGGUGACAUACAGCCAUACUUUCUAACUUUUCACAGGUGAAAAUUCAGGGCUUACAAUUUAAUUGUUAGGUGGUUAUUUUGAUCAUCAGCAUCAAAACUGAUGGUAUACUUGUAGCUCCAUAAUUGUAUGGUGUACACUCUGCUAAAUAUAUUCUGUAUUUUGAAGUGUUUGUGCUUUUUCAAGACUUUUUACUUCCUGUAAGUACUUGUCUGUUUUACAGGUCACAGUUCAAUUUGUAUUUAUGUCAAUAGUCUCUGUAAAUAAAUGUCUAUUUUGUGAAUAGAUAAAAUAUAUUAAAUGUUUCACUGCA